AUGGGCGGUGGAUCAGCAUUCCCAACUCACACUCAUCACGCAAGCUUUGAGAACAAUGGUUAUUCUCAUAUUGGCAUCCAAAAUCAAGCUACAACGCCCCAAAUUCAACCAUAUUCAAUUCAAUCUUUCUCCUCAUCGCCCUACCAAAAUUAUAACCUCCCUCUUGUGUAUCAUCCCCAUAUUUCGAAUACACCUCUCCAUUAUCCUUCGUUCGGAGCUUAUUCUGUGUCCACUCCUAGCCACGGAUCAAUCUCGAGUCUUCCAACAGCGUCCCCAUCGUUGUCCAACGGUUCUGUAUCUAGUGUUUAUUCCAUUCCAAGUAGCAACGUGAGUCAUGAUGUCUCAUUCACUCCUCCCAGAAAUGAUGCGCUUGUGAACCAGCUCUUCCACAAUGACAACGGUGUGUUGUACACUAACAGCCACAAUUCUCUCAUGUCUACCAAUGACAGCCUUGACAAUAAGCCAUCCGUUGUUGCAGCGUCCAUUGACACACACGAAGCAGAAUUCAACAACUUUCAAGAUCAGAAUUCAUUCGAGAGAGUCUCUCCAACCGAUUCUGAUUCCCAUCUCGUGAGCUACUAUUAUGAGCCAGAAGAAUCAGUGAUUGCUUUUGAAAAAAUUGGGCAAGGAGGGUUUGGCUCUGUUUACUUGAUUAAAACCAAAUCCAACAAGAAUGAACAGGAGGAACGUGAAUUUGCAGUCAAAGUGCUCAAAGAUCAAUACGUUUCUCUCUCCGAGAUUAAGAGGAAAUUUGAUCAUACGAAUAUUCUACCCUUAACUGCUAAAAAACCCACACUUACGAUACGAGUUGCAAAGAUAACUCAUGGAGGCUUUCCUGGAGCCGUGCGAGUAUUGUGUAUUGAGAGUCCCUUCAUGAAACACGGCUCGUUGAGUCUGAAAUUGGGUGAAGGAAAAAGGUUUUCCGAAAGAACACUCUGGCAAAUUAUACAGCAGAUGGCUUCUGCACUGGCCUUCAUGUACCAAAAAGAUAAAUGUCUUCAUAGGGACAUAAAGCCAGAGAAUAUUUUGAUUAAGGACUAUGAUGAAUGUAAUGGUGAUAUUACCACUAUGCUUGGAGAUUUUGGGCUUGUACGUUCCGAGGACACUCUUACCUCAACGACUUCUUCUGGUACUCCCUCCUAUAUGGCACCAGAACAAGAAUAUUCGAGGGAUUCAGAUGUGUUUGCCUUAGGCAUCACUGUCUUCAAGUUAAUUACCGGAGUUUCAAAGAUCGAUGACGACACUUUUUCAAAUCGUUAUAAAGCCAAAGACGACCUGUCCACAGAAAUUAAGAAUCGAAUGGGAACAGCAGUGAGCGAGACAAUGGUUGACAUGGUCAUUGCGAUGACUCAGAAACAAAGACCAAGAGUUUCUUACGAUACGAUACAAGAAGUAUGUGGAUACAUGUUAUCACGAGAAUCGAGUAUCCUAUUGAGGUCACCAAGUCCUUCGAGCACUUUGUUACUAGACGAAGAUAUUGCUGGGCUUGAAAGCAGAACUCAGGCCAUGUCUAUUUCGAACUCUUCAUCAAGCACUCAAUCAGAGGCAUUCGAAUACCAAAUGCAACGAGAAAAUGGUCAUGUGAAUAGAAAUAAUUCAGUGAGAAUUUUGUGCUCAAAAGAAGCCUUUCAGAAGAUCGAAACGGUAGAGCUGAAAAUCGAACAACAAGGACAACAGAUUGAAGCACAUCCAUUCACCAAGAAGAGAGUUAAGAGAUCUACAUCAGACAUCUCUGAAAACGGUAUUGUGAUUGCCAGCGUUUAUGGAAGUUCUCACUUGCCGAAAGACAGAAAGUACAGAGGACCCUUCAAAAUUAUUCUAUUUGUCAAUGGAUUACAGGUUGACAAAGCAGAUUACAAACAUCAAUAG